GGCCCUCUGCGAUAAUGCAUGAUCACUGCCUUGUACCGUUUUAGGAUCGUCAGUCGUUGCCGAGCGUUUGUGGAAAACGGUUUGAAUAUUUGGUGGAAUAAGGUGUUGCGGCUGGUUCCAAUCGCCGCCUAAUAUUAGAGCGAUUCAACACAAUCGUAGUGCCCCUCGGCGGGUUAAUUGGAUAAGUGCGUGUGUGGAGAGAUCGUGAAGGGCAUUGUUUAGUGUAGGAACGAUCUGUCAAAGUAUAGCAUCCGAGUACGAGAUGGUACACCGUCAGCUGAAGCGACAACACUCUGGUCUGCCACAGAUGGAGUCACUGUCGCGCUUCAGCAGCAUCCCGGUGGUUGAGACCGGCAUCAAAACCGCCGGCAGUGUGUACGAACGGGUAAAAACGAGCAAUGGUCUGCUGACCUGGGGCUUCGAGACGGCCGAAUCGCUUACGUACGCACUGAUCGAUUCGUUACGCCCGGCAACCAAGAUGAUCCAGGGCCCACUGCACCAGCUGGACAGCAUCAUGUGCAAAAGCCUCGAUCUGGUGGAGCAGAAGAUACCAUCGAUGUAUCUUCCGCCGGAGAUGAUGUUUUGGAACACGAAGGAGUACAUGUCGGAUCAUGUGAUGAAACCGGUCCUGUCACGGGCAAAUUCGAUGAAAAACUUAGGUCACGCUGUGCUGGAAUCUCGCGUAUCCAACUAUGCCGCUGGCCGUAUCGAUGGAGCACUGGUCGUUUGUGACAAAUAUGUUGAACGAUACCUUCCGACGGAACCGCAAGAUCAACCCGAUUCCGGUAUCGCUUAUGCAGGCACGUACCGACCAGCACGACUAUCAUCCGAUUCCGGUGACCUGCACGACCCCAAACGGCAUGAUAGGACUGCACGCCAGCAAUCAUUGCAUGCUGAUUGUGUGCCCAAACGUAAUGCUCGAAUGGCCCUGGCCAACAGGAACAUUGGUAUCGCGUGCAGUGCUGGGACACAGCGAGACGAUUCGAACCAGAUGCAUGUUGUGCAAACGUUCCACCGUGGCCAGCAGCUGUCCCGCAAACUGAAGCGUCGUCUCACCUUCCGUACGCGCCAGGAGCUGAGUGCACUGAAGAAGCAAAGUACCGAGGCAGUACAUGUGGUUGCGUACGCGGCCGAACUUAUUGCGACCAAUCCGCGGGAAGCGAUGCAAAAAGCCGUUGAGCUGUGGCGUUACCUCAGCAAAGAUGAACCAGAAAAUCAAGCCCGUCCCCGCACGCUCGAACAGCUGGCCGUACUGUUGACCCGCGAAUCCGCCCGCAAGAUGGUGCACCUGAUCAACUUCGUCACCGGUGCGGUGACACGUGUCCCGAAGGCAGUACGAGCGCAGACACGUGAAAUUGUGCACCACUUCCUGUUCGCAACCGAGCGAUUGAUGAAGACGGUCCAUCUGGAGAAGGCAAAGGCUGCGACACUGUCGGAAGCAAGUGGGCUAGUGCAUAGAAUACAACACACGUACGAUGAUCUGCAGAACCAAACGAACCUGGCAUUGCAUGGUCAGCUAUCGCUGGCUAACAUUGAUCGGCACGAUUUUAUCCAUUGGCUUUUGUUGAAAGUGGAACGUUUGGCAGUCUUUCUUUCCGGGCGCCUGGAAGCGGAAAAGAUCACCACCAGUGGAAAUCCUCGCCGGCGCAUUCAACCCCGAACGAACAGCAAUCCUAUGAAUUCGAACAUAAACGGCGUGUACUAGAAGCGUUUGUGUCUGAUUAGACACACUCUCAUCCUGAAACAUCGCAUUCCAUAGGGACCUGAUAAUGCCACGACACCUACGAUCGGGACAAUUUGAUAGUGUUUGCAACUAGCUACUUGUUAGUAUAAGUGGAUUUCCUUUUUGUUAUUAUGUUAUAUUUGUUGUUCUGUUCUGUUGUUGGUGUUUACAAAACCGUGCUCGAUAAACAAACUUGAAACAGAAUUAA